AUUUGGCAACGUUGUGUUAUUCCCAUUAGUUUUGUUUAAUAUAUUCAAUUUCAAUUCAAGAUAAUAGACAAAUAGACUAAUAUUCCUGAAGUUAGAGGGUUAGGUAUUAUAUGUUCAUUGGUAUGUCAAUAAUAUAAUGUUCAUUGUUCGUAUAAAUGUUUUUAAGUUAUGAUUAAUUGAGUUCAAAGAUUAUCUGUUACAGUUUAAGAAUUAAUUAUCAAAAAUCUUCAGAGUUUAUACAAUGCCUGUUCCAAAUAAUGAGAAAAAUACAUUAGAACCUGAAGCUAAUCAAGCUUCAACUUCAGACGAUAACGCUGACGGUGCCGCUUUAGGGGGUGAAACUGGUCCUACUGUUAAUGAAAUAGUAAUUAUAGAUCCUGAAUGUUUAGAGUUAGAUUUGAACCAUGGUCGUAUAGAUAAACUGCAAAAUUUAGAGCCUUUGACACGCAUUGAAAACCUGUAUUUGAGAUGGAAUUUAAUUACAAAAAUUGAAAAUUUGGAUACUUUAACCACUCUUGUAGAAUUGGAGCUAUAUGAUAAUCAAAUAACCAAAAUUGAAAACCUUGGAUGCUUGGUCAACUUGGAGAUAUUGGAUUUGUCAUUUAACAGGAUACGUUCAAUAGAAGGACUAGAGAAUUUAUCAAAGCUAAAAAAGUUGUUUCUUUCAUCAAACAAGAUUAGUAAGAUAGAAAACUUGAAUAAUUUGGACAAUUUAACAUUAUUGGAACUUGGUGACAACAAAAUAAGGGAAAUUGAAAAUAUGGAAGGCUUAACUUCCUUACAGUAUCUUUAUUUGGGAAAAAAUAAAAUAUCCAAAAUUACAAAUUUGGACCCUCUUAUAAAUUUGACGUGCCUAAGUCUUCAAAGUAAUAGACUAACAGUUAUAGAAAAUUUGGAAAACUUGAAACAGUUAAAUGAGUUAUAUUUAUCAGAAAAUGGAAUUGAAAAGAUAGAAAAUCUUACGGAGAAUAAAAAAUUGGAAACUUUAGAUUUGGCCCACAAUAAAAUUAAGAUUGUCGAAAAUAUUUCACAUCUGGCCGAACUCUCCGAAUUUUGGAUGAACAAUAAUGAAAUUUCUGAUUGGUCUACCAUCGAGAAUUUGUCAAAUUUAAAAAAUCUUGCUACGGUUUACUUUGAGAAGAAUCCUUUCGCAGAAGAUCCCAUGUACCGAAGGAAACUAAAAUUAAUUUCACCUUCUUUGACUCAAAUUGAUGCCACUUUAUGUCGUUAAAGAAUCUUUUUCACAAUAAAAAGACUUGUUGGUGAUUUAAAGAAUAAGUACAGUAUUCUAUUUGAUGUAAUUUUUUGUUUAUUAACUGAACUAAUUGUAAGAUGAUGUGUUAAGACAAAAUUAAGAAAGCUUCCUCAUGUUUGUAAAUAAAUAAAAUAUGUUACUAAGUUUCCGAUAUUCCUUCAA